UCGGAUGAGAACAUGGCAGCGGACAUCACGCUGCUGUUUCGAGCGAGUGUGAAAACGGUGAAAACUCGGAACAAGGCGAUCGGCGUCAACGCUGAGCCGGUCAAGGAGGACAUCCUGAGGAAGGGCAGGACCAGGGCGGAGUUUAGCGCCCGAGCACGGGAAGUGCUCACCAACAUUACCAAAUUGAAAGAUUUUCUGUUGGAGCAUAGAAAAGAUUACAUCAAUGUCACCAGUUUUGGAAUGUCAGAGUAUUCUCGCAUGACAGACACUGAACGUGACCAGAUUGACCAGGAUGCCCAGAUUUUUAUGAGAACGUGCUCUGAUGCUAUCCAACAGCUGAAGGCAGAAGCAAUCAAGAAUGUGAGUUCUCCCCAAGUAAAGGAACAUCGAGAAGGUGUUUUAGACCUGCUUGAAGCUUACCUGAAAAAUGUUUGUAAAGUGUACUCUGAACAAAGGGCAAUUCGAGUCAAACGUGUGGUGGAUAAGAAAAGAUUGUCAAGACUUGAGCCUGAACAGCAUAGCAACAAGAUGUCAGUUUCAGCUUCAGAGGGGAUUCCUCCCACUGGGUGUGAUAGUUCAGAGGAAUUAGUCUUAAAAGAAGAAAGCAAUGGAAAAAUCUUUCCAGAGCCAGAGGAUAAUUUGGGUCUUUGGGAUGAUGCAAAGGGUGAUGAACUUUCACCUGAAGAAAUACAAAUGUUUGAACAGGAAAACCAGCGCCUUGUCAGUGAGAUGAAUAGCCUGGUGGAUGAAGUGAGGCAAAUUGAAGGAAAAGUGGUUGAAAUCUCCAGACUUCAAGAAAUUUUUACGGACAAAGUGCUGCAACAGGAAAAAGAGAUAGACAGCAUUCAUGAACUAGUUGUGGGUACAACCGAAAACGUUAAGGAAGGGAAUGAAGACAUAAGAGAGGCAAUCAAAAAUAAUGCUGGAUUUCGUGUCUGGAUCCUCUUCUUCCUAGUGAUGUGCUCAUUCUCUCUGCUUUUCUUGGACUGGUAUGACAGUUAGCAGAUGGUGAUAGCCAAGGGUUCCUAUUUUGCUGCAUUUAUUAUGACCUGACAGGAUUUAUUGAAGUUAAUAACAUACAUCUUGUCACAAGAGAAUGCCUAAUACAAAAGAGACAUCUCAAAUCUGCAUUUGCACUGCAGUGCAGCAUGAUUUUGCAAUAUUAUUUAAUAUGUUUGUAACUCGGGUAUUUAGUAACAAACUUAAGUGAUCCGCUCAAAAAAAAUUCUGCUAGAAAGCUGAAAUACAUGUUUUUUUUGUCACACGUAGAUCAUAUAUUGUUUUUAUGUCAAAUAAUGUUGAUUUAUAAUUCUAAGACCUUGAAAUAAACCAAUGAAUAGAAACAUCAUCAAGUAACGCUCACUUGUUCGAUUUUUCGAUGUAGUGUUUCUAAUGCCAGAACUACAGUGCUGUCGUGAUGAAAUAAAUACAAACUUUUGGUUUCUUAAAUAUGUAUUUGUCAUUAAAGUCUUUAAUAAAAGUAAUAUGAAAUUGC